AUGGCUACCCCUUCUCGACGAGAUGUAGAAGAGGAGCAGCAGCAAACCUGGUCAGGGUCUAAGGUUCGAGUGGGAGGGGUCUUGGCGAGGCAACCGAGUCCGAGCCCGGCCAAGGCUAGGCAAGCACAGCGUCGGUACCGCUCCUUGUACCACCAAGCCGCCAAAGAGUACUGGGCAUGGCGAAAAGGAGAGGGCGACUCGCAGCGAGCUCUUGGGUCAGCGUUUCACCUUAUUGAUCGCCUCCAGCUGUUCGAGCCGGACCAACAAACGGGUGGGGAUAUUAAUCUCGGUGGAUUGGAGAAAUUGCCGGGUUGCCGGGAGCUCCUGAUUCACAAGCACACCACCGAGCUGGAGCGAGUGAUGCGCCUCUGGCGCGCCCUUGUGCGGCAGAUGAGAGGACAGGUAUCCCGUGUUGAAGAGCUUCUCGCCGAAGCCUGGCAGCUACAUCGCUCCGACCCGGCUCGAGCGCUUCGGCAACCCCGCCACCCUCCGCCGCCCUCGCCGUCCCCAACCCUACCGACGGCCCAAUCGCGAUCCCCUGGGAACGCCUUCACCAUGCCCCCGUCCCCGCAGCACGCUAGCGCUGCUGUCGGGGUGCGGUCGACUUCUGUAAGCCACGCCACCGCUCCGAAAGGGCGUCAGCAGCGCGUUGAUCACGUCGGUGCAAAGGAGGGCGACGUUGAUGGCAGCACGGGCAAUCCUCAACAUUCCUCCCGAGAAGGUGCAGAAGUCGCUGCGUCGUCUCAGGGGCGGCUGGGUGAUAUCGGGAACGGGCUGCAGGCAGGUUUGCCAGCGACAGGCGGGAUGAAGGACGGUGAUCGAGCGGGAGCGGUGGUCUCAGAGAUUCCCGAGGAAACCACAAGAGCGAUGGCGACUGGAGAAGAUAGGGCGGGGGGGGUGACGACCGUGGUCGUGGGGCCUGCGGAGUACCUGCAAUGGCUAGGAGAUUUGUCCAGCAUGUUGGUGCAUGAACAGUGGCGAAAGGAGGAGCUUUUAUUGCGAGUUGCGUUUGGGCCAGAGGCAGCAUCAGCGCGGCUCAGGGCCCACGUGCAAGCGCACUGGUCGUCGCGAUCGGCGCAUAGUUUUCUUGACCAGCCGUCGAUCGACGCGGCCACCACCGCAGCGCAGGUCGUGCCACCUCUCAAGAGCCGGUAGCGCUGUGCAAGACGGCGCGUGUUCGCAAGGUUGGCCCACGAUAGGUGGUGGUUGAGCGUGCACAGGCACACGGAACGCGGUGGUACCGCUGUCUUGGAUCAACUACGCGGCAGGACAUGGGGGAAUGGAAACUCCAUCGUCAAUCCCAGGACGAAGCUGUGCUUCUAGCGCUGCCUGCCUAAGAAUUACUGGAUUUCGUCGUGAAGGAAUCUUUCGCCGCCCUUCCUUGGUGUGGGUAGGACAUGAUUUGAAAAAUUGGGGUUUAUCGCCUUGUUACCUCCAAUGAUGUGCAGUAGAAAAGCAGUGCUUUACAACCGUUGACCAAGUACAUUUCUAGAGGGCCGAAACAGCUGGACCAUGAAUAACGACAUGAGCCCUGCACAAUUGAGGGCUGACGC